GAAGAUCAUCAUUGCCAGCCAGAGUUUACCUUUACUAAAAUGUACUCUAUCCAGACAGAAAUACCCCACAAUUGAACCCACUAUCAACGUUUCCAAUCCUUCAUCAUGGCCCAACAACAACCGAACCGUGAGAAAGUCUGGGCCUCCCUAAUAACCAACCUCUCCUACCUCCCCGGCAUCCUAACCCUUGCACACUCCCUCCAAUCCACCGAAACAGCCUACCCCUUCAUCGCAUUCUACACCUCCACAUUCCCGGCCGAAGGCCUGGUAGCGCUUCAAGCGCGCGGAAUCCGCACCCAAGCCGUCCCCAGCGUACAACCAGGCCAGAGCAGAGUCUUCCUCCAGGAUCCACGCUUCAACGAAACAUGGAACAAAUUGAUUGUAUUCUCGCUGGUGGAGUACGACCGCAUCAUCCUACUAGACGGAGAUAUGCUGGUGCGAAAUAACAUGGAUGAGCUGAUGGACCUGCCACUGGACGCGCCGGGUUCAGAAUUGAGCAGCGCGGGGAACAAGCAGCAGAGAGUAUUCGCAGCGAGUCAUGCGUGCGCUUGUAAUCCGCUAAACAAGCCGCAUUAUCCCAAGACGUGGAUACCCAAGAACUGUGCCUACACAAGCCAGCAUUCGGAUCCCAUCCAAGCGCAGACAUCCGGCACUCCUGCCACGGCCGGUGUUGCCAUGUUGAAUAGUGGCCUCUUAGUCGUACGUCCUAGCACAUCGGCCUGGGCGGAGAUCCAGGCUGGACUUCACAUGUCCGAUCGCACAGAUAAGUACGAUUUUCCAGAUCAGGAACUCUUGUCGGAUGUGUUUCGGAAUCGAUGGGUGGCAUUGCCAUAUGUGUAUAAUGCGCUGAAAACGUUACGGUGGGUUGGAGUGCACGACGCCAUCUGGAGAGAUGAAGAGGUGAAGAAUGUGCAUUACAUCUUUGCUAAGAAGCCCUGGCAUGAAGAUCCCGAUGAUGGGAUGGAUGAACCAAGUCGUUGGUGGUGGGAAAUGAAUAGGCAGAGGCAACAGUUGGAAGUGAAACAAGGUAUUACGGACGGUCAUUGAGACGGCUGCCGGGACAUGUUCUCGUUUUAUUUUUGGGCUGCCCAUGAUUCAGGGUCUUUUCACUUAUCCAAUGUAUAUACAGUACAAAUACCCUAGCUCCCCUCGUAGGGUGGAUAGAACGCCUUAGAUAGACAUC